GUUGAUCUAAUCCCAGUUCCUCCUUUCUCUCCAGUUAGUUAGCUCAUAUUUUGCGGCUAAAUUACAUCUCUUAGAAACUGACUUUAUGUUUUUUGGGCUCUUAUGUUAGCUUAUUAGCUAAUCCACAAAGUUAUAUCAUAGCUUCAGAGCAUUGAGCUUCAAACUUAAAAUGUUGUCUACUAAAUAAUCCAAGUUAUUUGUUAAAAUUACAACUGUUGCUGAAACAGAAAACUCAAAUAUCACAUUGUUGUUUAAGCAACUGUUAUAUUAGCUUACUAGCUAAAAAAAUGUAAGAAGCACAGAGUUAUAUCAUUGCUACUGAGCCUAGCUGAGCUUCAGAUUAGCCAUGCUAGCUUUCAAAUGUCUCGCUAAUGAGCUACUGAAUGUCUUUGUUAUGAAUAAUUAGCAUGUAGCAUAUUCUUUGACUGCUUUUCUCUCUCAGGUAAGCAGCCAGCACUAAGAUGAGCACACAUAUUUCCAAGAAGCCCAAAAUUAGCGGCGACUUCUCGGUCCUGCACCUGAACGGCAUCCCUGAGGACACGCUCAGUAAGGUGCAGGACUACCUGGCGCCGUUCCGUCUGUCUCUGGAGAAGCUGCAGGACGUUUCUGCUCGGCUGAGGAAGGAUCUGAUUCGAGGUUUGGGGAAACACAGUCAUCACAGGGCGGCCGUCAAGAUGCUGCCCACGUUCGUCAGGGCCACGCCGGACGGGACGGAGAGCGGAGACUUCCUGGCGUUGGAUCUCGGCGGGACAAACUUCCGAGUGCUUCAUGUCCGAGUGGUGGAGGAGGAGCAGAAGGUGCUGAAGAUGGACAGUCAGAUCUGCGCCAUCCCACAGGAGAUGAUGCUGGGAACCGGAGAACAGCUGUUCGACCACAUCGCGGCCUGUCUGGGCGACUUCCUCGUCUCCCAGGAUCUGAAGGGACACACUCUUCCUCUGGGCUUCACCUUCUCGUUCCCCUGUGAACAGAAGGAAAUCGACAAGAGCAUCCUGAUCCGCUGGACCAAAGGCUUCAGAUGCUCCGGAGUGGAAGGAGAAGACGUGGUGAAGCUGCUGAAAGAGGCCAUUCAGAGGAGAGGGGAUUAUGAUAUAGGUUCAGUUGCCAUGGUGAACGACACAGUGGGCACGAUGAUGAGCUGCGGCUACAGAGACCAGAGCUGCGAGAUCGGCAUGAUCAUCGGAACGGGAACCAACGCCUGCUACAUGGAGGAGAUGAAGAACGUGAAGCGGGUGGAGGGCGAGGCCGGGCGGAUGUGCAUCAACACAGAGUGGGGCGGCUUCGGAGACGACGGCUCGCUGAGAGACAUCCAGACCGAGUUUGACGUGGUGGUGGACAAGACGUCCAUCAACCCCGGCGUCCACACAUUUGAGAAGAUGAUCAGCGGCAUGUAUUUGGGGGAAAUCGUCCGUCUCGUCCUGGUGAGGCUGGCGAAGGAGAAGCUGCUGUUUAAAGGACAGACGUCAGAGGAGCUGCUGACUCCGAAUACAUUUCAGACAAAGUUCAUCUCUGAGAUCGAGGAGGAGGACAGCGGUCUGGAAAACACUCAGAACAUUCUCACUAAGUUGGGUUUGAAGUGGGACGACAUCGACUCCCGCGUGGUGCGUCUGGUCUGCGACACCAUCUCCUCGCGCUCCGCCCGUCUCUGUGCUGCCGCCCUGGCAACGCUCGCCAACCGCAUCCGCGUCAACCGCGGGCUGGACCAUCUGAAGACCACCGUGGGGGUGGACGGGACGGUGUACAGGAAACACCCAAAUUUCAGCGAGGAGCUCCAGGCGACGGUGCGCCUCCUCGCCCCCAAGUGUGACAUCACCUUCGUCGUCUCGGAGGACGGCAGCGGGAAGGGCGCUGCCAUGGUAACUGCCGUGGCGCAGCGGCUGGCUCUCCAGUCCCGACUGUUAGAGGACAGUGACGGGGAGGACGAGGAUGAAGAGGAGGAGGAGGAGGAGGAGGAGGACAAAUAAGAGCAGAGGGGAUGUAGAUGCACAAACAGGAUCUGAAAGCAUUUUCUGUUUUUAAAGCAUGAGAUAUAUAUUUUUAAUUUCUAUGUGAAUGAAUUUAAUUUCACUUCCCGUUGAAAACUCUGAAAUGUUUUUGCAUUAAAGAUUCUUCGUGGAGUUUCUGACCUCGAGUAGCGUUUACAUCUUGGAUGCAUGUAGAUUAACUGCGUAUUAAAUUAAAACAACUCCCCGUCUGACUUCUGGUUUCACACCAAGAGCAGCGACCUCAACUCAACCUCCACCUUGUGCUGAUUUUGUCAUCUUUUAUGCCACCUGACUGCCUCGUUUGCUGCUGUAAUAUCACUAUGACCACUAGAGGUCACCACUGUACAGUUAACAUAAGUAUGUCUCUGGCACAGUCGACCUGUGUGGAUGUUUCCCUCUGACCUUCAUACAGAAGAUGUGCUUUGGAUUAAUGUUAAUGUGGUUGAGAACAAACAGAAUUAACAGAUAAAAUCAAAUGUGUUUACAUGAGAAUCACAGCAAAGACAGAUUUACAUAAUAACAAGUCAGAACAACUGUAGAGGGCAUUCGAAAAUAAAAACAGACUAUAGAGUAUUAUAAAAAUGGGUAUUUAAGUAUUAUAAGGAUGCACGAUAUGGAUUCUUUUCAGCUGAUACAAUAACCGAUAAUCACCCGACUCUCACGGCUGAUAUGAUAAAAUAACCGAUAACAGAACCAGCUGAGUCUCAGAGAUGCAGCGUGUUUGUUCUUCUUCUUCUUCGUUUUUAUCGGCUGCUCACAAAACAACUUUAAAGGUGUUCGACCACCUGCUGUGUGUCGCUGCUGCACUAAUUAAGUCGACAAAAGCAGUCUGGCUUUGUGCUGUCGGCUGUUUAUCUGACAGGUUUGUAUAUCGUGCUUGAUGCUGUUUCCUUUGGUUUGCACUCUUUAAUGAAUAUACACCGCUUUUAAAGAAAUAAACACAAACAUAAUAUAAUUUCUAUCAGGUUAAAUGAUUUUAUUUUCAGUUUUAUCUCGUUGGCUCUCUUUAGAUUCUUAAUCCAGUGAUUUUUUUUGUAGUCAGCUUUCCGUCCCCACUGCCAACACUUUAGCUUUAAUCAGUUUGUUGCUUGUUUCUACAAGUUUUUAUUAUUACAGUUAUCCUUUAAAAAAAAAAGUCUCUUUUGUGUCGGGAAGAAAUGAGUCAGCGGUGAGGCGAUGAGUAAGAGACAUGAUGAAAAAAUUACUUGAAAUCAACCUGCCAACAAGAGCUUCAGUGUUUUUUAAAGUAGGUUUUGGUGCUAAACAUCUGCUGUGUUUGUGUCAAGUUGGAAAUAAAGAGACAUUUAUCGAACAUAAA